AUGAAUUCAACAUCAUUAUAUAAACGAACAGAGGUUAUUGGAAGAGGUAAAUUUGGGGUCGUCUAUAAGGCUUAUAAUAAACAAACCAAACAAGUGGUGGCCAUUAAAGUACUUAAUUUAGAUACCGAUGAAGAUGAGCUUAUUGAUGUUCAACAAGAAAUUCAAUUUUUAACUGAAUUGAAAAAUGUACCAAACAUUACACAUUACUAUGGAUCGAUAUUGAAUGAUACUAAAUUAUGGAUUAUUAUGGACUAUUGUGCGGGCGGAUCUUUACGAACAUUAUUGAAAGCUGGUGUUUUGGAAGAAAGAUACAUUGCGAUUGUUGUUCGAGAAUUAUUGUCCACAUUAAACGUAGUUCAUAAACUUGGUGUUAUUCAUCGUGAUUUGAAAGCUGCCAAUAUUUUAAUUUCUAAAGAAGGUAAUGUUCAAUUGUGUGAUUUUGGUGUUGCCGCCAAACUUACAUCCAAUUCAUCAAAGAGAACAACAAUGGCAGGAACUCCAUAUUGGAUGGCGCCAGAAGUCAUACGAACUGGUGAUUCAUACAAUAGCAAAGCUGAUAUUUGGUCUUUGGGUAUUACUAUUUACGAGAUAGCCACCGGUAACCCGCCGUAUUGUGACAAAGAUGCUUCAUGGGCAAUGCAGUUGAUUUCGAAACAAACUCCACCGAGAUUGGAAGGACGAGAAUAUUCUCUGGCUUUGAAAGAAUGUAUUGCAUUAUGUUUGGAUGAAAACCCUGAAGAAAGACCCUCGGCUGAGGAUUUGUUGAAAUGUAGAUUAAUGAAAGCGUACAAAAAUUAUCCAACGAGCAUAUUAAAAGAAGUUAUUUCAAGAUACUUAUUAUGGAGAGACAGAAAUGCAUCUCGUGAUUCGGUAUUCAUUAAUUUGGAAGACGAACAAGAAGAUUCUGUGGAUGCUUUAGUCGACAAGAACCUUGAUGGUGUGAACCAUGAUACAGAAAAUCAUCAAAUACAAGUUAAAUGGGAUUUUGAUUCAUUGAGUAGUAGAGAAUAUAUUAUGGAGAAUGAUAUUGAUUUAGACAAUGUGGAUCAACAAUAUAAUAAUAAUUACGACACCGCCCAACAGACUGGAGAUUAUAAUAACUAUUCAACAUUACCAACUUUGAAAGCAACUACUACAUUUGGACGAAACCAGAGCACUUUGGCAAUGAAUAGCAGAAAUAAUUCAAACACAAAUUUGAAAUCAAUGAAUACUGGGAAAACGUCUACAGAAGUACCAAAGUCGUUACAAAUGUUGUUUGAAGAUAAUAUUGAUGAAGAUGAACACUUGUCAGCUCCAACAAUUCCAAAACUCAAUGAAAGAAGAGAAUCACCGACAAUUGAAAUUCCUGAUAUGGAUAGUCUUUCUCAAUUACCAACAGCAACUUCCAAUACAUCUCAUCCUCCUUUGAACAAACCUCCCACAUUAUACCAUUCUCAAUCCGCAUCUGGUAGCUUGGAGUCAAGAUUCUCCUCUGUCAACACGUCUCCAAAUGAAGCUGCUGGAAGAACCAGAAAAAAGACAAUAUCGAAUACUAUGGGUACCAACUUGAGUAUCCCACUUCAACAAGCAGUUGCCUCGGCUACACCACAUACUCCACCCUAUAGCACAGCAAAUAUUGUAAGAACACCAUCACCUAAAGUGCCAUCCGCAGCAGGGUUAACAAAUGCCAUAAGUGUUAGUAAAACUGGCUCUCCGUCCAAGAUGAAAGCAUUGCAAUCAAAUUCCAAUCCAUUAUUGCAACCGAUUAAUAUGAAGCUGGAAACAAACACCAGCACUACAAGUUCUUCCAAUACAACCACACAUCCACAGUUGAUAAAUCAACAGUCAAUGCCAAAUAUUCCUACAACUUCAUCAUUAUCUCACCAGUCCAGUAAUCUCAAGAGUAAAAGAAGCAAACCAGGUUUUAUUCAGAUGCCAACUCCUUCAAAUGUUAUGAAUAAUUUGUCAGCAUUAACAAAUGAGCCUCUGGAUAACGAAAACGUGAAUCAAUUUGGUAUAAAUCCAGCACAAGCUGCAGCAAUGCAAAUUUCUAUGACACCGGUUACUGAGAAGGAACCUCCACAAUUUUUCCCAUCAAUUAAUGAUGAAUCUAAUGAAAGACAAUCUAAGGAAACAUCAACAACAACAACAACAACAACAAAUGCGGCAUCGAGUGGAGCAGCAACAGGUCAAAGUCGAUCACAUCAUAAUAGUUUGCUGGCUCAUAAGAAAUCUCUUGCCAAUUUAUCGAGCCAUAAUUUGUCUAGUUUGGGUUCAACAAGUGCUGGUGCACAAGUGAAUUCUAAUGUAUUUUUAUCAAGAGGAGCUUCUGUGAGUGCACCAUUAAAUCUUAAUAUGAACGGAACUAGUUCUAAUACUAAUGGUUUUGGUAACUUUCCUGUCAUUCCUUCUAUUAAUGGUGAACUUUUCUUGGAUAGUGUUGGGAAACAGAAACUUGUUAAUGAAUUGGAUGUCAUGAUUAAACUUUUCAAUCAAGGAUUGGAAGUUCUUGAAGAGAAUUUAUAG